AUGUCUAGACUGUUCCCUCUCGACGCUGACGAUGAGUUCUGGCACGAGCAUAACGUCCUGCGCCAAGACAUACGUGAAUGGCUCUCUGCUUUCGCGACCGUACCAGUCAAUGAAGAAAAUCGCAGCGAGCAUCUUCUGGUGCAGAUAUACUUCUUCUGCCUCUGGUACCGCACCGAGACUUGGCGGGAUGGAACCGAGACCCUUGCCGAUCGGUUCGAUGAAGAGUUCAGCCAUAUCACAGAUCUGGCAGAACAGUGUAUCGCCAUGCACAGCGGCACGACACAAUACCUGUCCCCGCAAGGCGAGGCAAGCAAUCAAGUCGCAACAGUGUUCAGCACACCACCGCUCUUCAGCUUCGGCACAGGCUUCGUUACCGCGUUGAUGCUCAUUGCGAUCAAGUGUCGCAUUUCCUCAGUCCGCAGGCGAUGUGUCGCAGUCAUUCGCGCAAUCAAUCUACAAGGGUUCUUCGACAGUGCGUUCAUCGCUGCAUAUCUGGACGCGAUCAUCAAACUGGAAGAGCAGCGAAUUCGAGAUGCUACUGGGAACAUUGACUCUGCGAAAUCGUUCGAAAGUGCAGAAGUGCCAGAGACUGCACGCCUGCUCACAUCUAACCCGAAGCACUUCCCCUUCACCAAGACAUUCGCCAACAGCAAAGACGACCCCAUCCUAGUCCUUCACUCAUCCGGCACGACUGGCGCACCAAAGCCGAUCACAUACACCAACGCCUGGAUUGCCGUCCAAGAUCUCGUCUGGCCAGACGUGGACGGUCAACCAAGCGGCAACAUGACCUUCAACGAGUCCUUCAACGGCGGUUUCACUUACUCCAAAUUCCCAGAACCUCACUACGGCGGCGUCCUCUACACAACUCUCCGCCCUCUCUUCACAGAGUCUGCAGCGAGUGUCCUCGGUCCUCCAGGCGCGGAAUUCAUCGAUCCUGCUGUUCUAACACUCUCCAUCAUCAAGGCAAAGCAACUCAAAACUCUAGCCGCCGUGCCUCUCCUACUCGAGAAGAUUGCCCAACUCCCCGGGGAUAUGGACGCACUCCCUGCCCUUGACUCCGUAACAUUCGCAGGCGGUCCCCUACGAACCCAGCUCGGCAAUGACCUCGUGCGCAAAAGCACGUCGAAGAUUGGCAAUGGACCCAUUUCCCCCCCUGACUUCCACGCUUUGCUCCAACCUAUCGGCGACGGCGCAGGCACACAUGAACUCGUCUUCCCCGAUUCUGGCCGCGAGGUGAAUCUCAAGCGAGCGUCAUUCCACAGCCUUGGCGUGAAGGAAUUCCCGAGCGUGGACGGUGUGACGGGCGUGCUAGUCGCGGGGGCGAACCGAUGGUCUGCUUGUGUGCUUGUCGCGGUUAGCGAAGGGUGGGAGGGCAAUGAGGGUGUGGUGGAGAGGGUGAAGGGGAAGUUGGAAGAGGCUAAUGAGGUUUUGAGGGAGGAUACGAGGAUUCCGGCGGAGAUGGUUGCGGUGGUGAAGGAGGGGGCGCUGGUGAGGGGGAUGAAGGGGCAAGCUGUGAGGAGGGGCAGUGUUGAGGGGAAUGGGGUGGUUAUUGGAGGGUUGUAUGAGGGGAGAGGUGGGAGGUGA